AUGCCACUUCUCCUUCAACAAAGGUUCAGAAAAAAUGAAGCCUGGAUGGAAUUGACCAAGAUUUGGACAACAAAUUCAAAUAUCAGAGGCUUUAUAGCUGAGAAAGUGAGAGGAGGAUAUUCAGUGGCCAUUGCAGGUUGUCCUGGAUUUACCGGAGUCCGAUUAGAGGAAGGAGCCAUAGUAAUAGCAGCAGCAACAGCUCGCCACCCCCUAAGCCUUAACUUAGGGGUCAAUCCUUGCGAUAAAGAGCUUUCUGAUGCACAAUUUGGUCACUGUAAAAUUUCUGUACAAUUGCAUGAGAAUAAUCCUAGAUGGUGCUUUAUGGUUGAAGCGGUUGAUGCAUUUGUCUCGUUCUGUAAGCUAAAUUAG